GACCUAGCAGAUUCAUCUUCCAGGACCACGGAAAAGGACGCGUUCUGGCUGGCAACUAAAGAAUUGCCUCAUUUAGACGACGUAGCUCCGGGGUUCUCAGCCGGUUAACACCCUCUUCAGACGUUCGUAGCCAUGGACAACUUCCAAUCACCAACCUCUGUUGGCACAUAUGUACAAGACAGAACAUUAGAAGAUAUCCCUGCCAUAAAGCAUGCCCUUUCUUUGUUUUGUGCUUCACGUAUGGUGGAGUCCGAGGAAUACUGCAAAGAAUCAGAUCCUAAUCGCGAACACUUGUAUAUAACGUCUGGAUACAGUCUGAUCCAAGCCAUUAAGGCGCUCAUGUCGUUCGAAGACAAGGACCUGCAAGAGGCACUCACGCACCUUAAUCGCGGCAACGAGCUCGCCGCAGCGCACCGCGCCCCGGUAACAUCUUUCAGCGCGAAAGUUUCCGGGCUGAUCUGGGGAGCCAAGCGGGUAGACGCUAUCCGCGCCAUGACAGCGGUACAGCGACAUGCGGAACUGCUGUUCGCAGAGACGACGUUCGCGAAGGCCCUCGUUGGCAGUAUAGCCUCCGGCAGCUGGCUUGGCUUCGUGCGGGAGGCCCUUAGCUUCCGCGUUAUGAUCAAUGUCUACCUCAGCCUCGGCAAGUAUCUCAAGACCGUCGACAAUGAGGCGGCUGCGCAAGGCCUCGGGCAGCGGCACCCCGACAUCGAUGAUGACUUCCGCUCCGGCGUCGAGCUCGGCGUCGGCGCAUCGAACCUCAUCUUGAGUCUCAUGCCGAAAACGGUGCUAUCUGUUGUUGAGCUGUUCGGGUAUCAGGGUGAUCGUAACGUGGGUCUUGAGAUGCUCUACGGUGUGGGGGGCUGGGAGAAGGGCGCGGCAGAGCCGCGAAUCAGUGCCGACAAAGAGGGCCUCCGACGGCCACUCGCGGACAUCUGUUUGCUAUGCUUCCACCUCGUCUUGUCAAGCUUCGUGCAUCAAGGCGUGGAUAUUCCCCUUGCACAGCAGAUCCUUGAGUGGAAUCUCAAGCGCUUCCCCGAUGGCGUGUUCUUCCUGUUUGGCGCCGGCCGGCUCCGUCUAUUGCGUUCGCAACCUGCUCAAGCCACUGCAUUCUACGAGCGAGCGAUGAGCAUCCAGUCGCAGUAUCCGAAUCUACACUACAUAUCUUUCUGGGAGCUAGCCGUGUGCAAUUUCGCCCUGUGGAACAUUCCCCAGUCACUGGUGUACUGGCGGAAACUCCGUUCGGGGGCCACGUGGAGUCGCGCGUGCUAUGCGUACGGUGUCGCCGCUUGUCUGCUGCAGAUCGGUAGCGGGACGGGAAGUGAAGGCGAAGAAGCGAGAGAGGGGCUGAGGGAAAUCCCCAAGUUGAUGAACAAGAUCGCCGGCAAGUCGAUACCGAUAGAGAAAUUCGUCGCACGGAAGGCACGUAAGUUCGAGGCGCAAGGCGGGAGGCUCGCGCUGCCUGCGCUCGAGUUCGCAUACUUUUUCCUUGCGAUACAGCACGCGCCGCGCGACGUCAUCCUCCAGCGCAUGAUGCCCGAGGUCGACGCACAGCUCGCGCGCCUGCGCGAGUCGGAGCCCAACACCUACGAGGGCGGCAAAGGCUAUUGGGACGACCUCUGCCUCGCGCAAUUCCUCGAGGGCGUAUGCAUGCGCUUCGUCGCCUAUCCCGAUCGGGACGCCGAGCUGCAGUUGAGCGAUGCGGAGCUGCAAGUUGCGCACCGUGAGCGCGGGCCCGCGUCUGUACGUGCAUUGCGCGCGCUUAAGGCGGUCGUCGAGAACGCGCACACCAUCGAGCUGGACCACUACAUCACCUAUCAUGCACACUACGAGCUUGGACGGCUAUACGCGUGCUUCGGGAAUCGUGCAAAGGCUGUCGAGCACUUGAAGCUCGUGGCGAGCGGUAAGUCGCUGGAGCCUGCAAACAAAUCGCGAAAGGGAAAGUACAGCAUGCAGACGGCAUUGGUCGUUCGUGCUGGAGCUUCUCUGGAGGGCUUAGGGGACCCCGAUGCAAAUUAGUAGAAUUGGACAUCGAAUCUGCGUAUGUCCCUUAAGACCUGCAAACGUGGUGCCAGGCUCAGCUCCCUCAGCCUGUACCAGUGGGCCUUCAGACCGCGACCUGUGGAAUGCCUACAACGGGCCUCGAUAUCAUGAUUAUCAAUCAAGUCGGUCAGGCGGUACCUGCCUCCGAUCUUGUUCUUAGCACAAUGUUAAGCUCUGUAUUAGACCAAUUAUACUGGAC